AUGCCCGGAGGCAGCAGACAUCUGACCUUUUCCGAAGCUGCCGGUUCUGAGGCUAGUCUCAUCUCACGCGAUCUUUCGCCCUUCGAAAAUACAACUCUUCUAAAACCUGCAGAGUCACCGCAGGUCAAGAAAGCAAUUCGAAAGAAAAUGUUUUCAUUGUGGCUCAAUUGCCUUCUCAUCUUCGUACCCAUCGGCGUUUGGGCGUUUUGGUCUGAUAAAGCUCCCCUGGUCAUAUUCAUCACCAAUGCCAUAGCGGUGGUGCCACUGUCCUCUUUGCUUACUGGAGCUACCGAGAUGAUUGCUUCCGACGCAGGCGACACGGUUGGAGCUUUGCUAAACAUAACCAUGGGAAACCUGGUGGAGCUGAUUUUAUUCAUCGCCCUCAAACAUAAUCAGAUCCAAGUCGUUCAAGCGUCAAUCCUUGGCUCAAUGCUUGUCAACUUACUACCGAUUCUUGGCACCGCCCUAUGUGUCUGCGGAGUAUCGCGACAGGAGCCGGCCUUGAAUAUUUCAGAGACUCAACUUCUGGGCUGCCUAUUAUUUGUUUCCGUCUUUGUCCUUCUGAUACCGGCCGCCUUCAGCCGUACGUUUCAAGCGCGCGAUGGAGCUAAUGAAGCCAUGUUGACAAUGAGCAGAGCUUCAUCCUUUGUGGUUCUGUUUAUUUACAUCUUCUACUUCAUCCAUGAACUGAGAGAGCAACACGCCUCUGCGAUCCGACAGCCAGAUGCGACGGACCUAGAAGAUGGCCGAACGCUAGUAGUACCUGACGCUCCAUUUUCGCUUCGAAUCAUUCGUCCUGUGGACUCUCAUGCGGCUGCAUCAAAUGGCACCAAUGAGGGCUACUGCUCUACUGAUACCUCCAUCGAGCUCGAAAACAUUGAAUUCUCUUCACGUUCCGCAUCCUCACAUGAGGAUAGCGAAGAAGAGCGCGGCAGAAAAGAAGACAAGAUCGAACAAAGAGAUAGCCGCGAGAGCUCUUGCGACAGCUUAGAGUCACUGAGCCGUCAGUCACUUUGUCGUUCGAUUGCGGAUCCUACCCGCUUCAAUAGAGUCUCUCAGCCCAGCACCGGCGGCCAUCGUAGGUCUCGUUCAGGUAGUUUGCGCAUCUUCCAGACUAACCGUUCGAAAGUCGCAAUUCUUCGAGAUCGAGAAGAUAGCUCCCGGAGAUCCUUAGGACAAAAAGCAAUUUCCGUCAUCACCUUAAUCAUAAGCUCGGCCUUGAUGUCAAUGUGUACCGAGUUUCUCGUCGGAACGAUUGAUGACAUAACUCAUCAAGGCCACCUGUCAGAGUCUUUUAUCGGCUUGAUAAUUCUGCCGGUCAUUGGAAACGUGGCAGAGUAUGUCACCGUCGUAACAAUGGCGUCGAAAGAGAAGCUAGAUCUAGCCAUCGCGGUUGCAGCUGGUUCAGCCAUACAGAUCGCGCUUUGCGCAGCGCCUAUAACCAUUCUAGCAGGCUGGAUCAUGCACCGAGACGCAGCUUUUGAUUUCAGCUUAUUUGAAGCGGCUGCCCUUUUAGGCGUAGCCGCACUAUCCACACGGCUUCUGCUGAGCGAUGGGCGGGGCAAUUUGAAGAUGCCGGGCAUCAAAGGAACACUCAUGUGUGCAUGUUAUGCAUUAAUCGGGUACGUAUGA